UAUAUCGAUAAUUACCCGUGGUUAUCGAUAUCCGCUGAUUGUGGGCGUAUGGGGAAAAAUUCAGGGAAAUAGUAAACAUUGAAGACAAAAGGAUUUUUUGAAGGUAGCACGAACCAUUGGUGACCCAUUGCCCCCUCGGACGAUACAGUGCAGCAGCAAUGGCGCAUGCAACGCCCAAGGAACCCCGGUUCCUGCCCCGCGUCGAACGGGUGCCGAAGAACAAACCAGAGGCCGCAUCCGGAAACCCAUUUGUGGCCACCUCCUCCGGGAAUCCCUUCGAUACGGACGAUGAGGAGGAGCAGCAGGGCAUCUUCAGCAAGCACAAGAUGCUGCUCCGCAUCCCCACCAAGGCCAACGGGGAGAUGCUGCACCUGACCGUCUCCAAGAACUGGUUAUUCUGCAUCAUGAACAACGCGGAGAGGACGACCUUGCUGAGGUUCUUCCUGCCCAGAGCCAUUCCACCGGGUGAGGCCGUUCUGGAUAAGUAUCUCUCCGGCACCGGCUACAAGAUCACCCGCAUUUUCCUCGAUCCCACGGGCCAUCAUCUGAUCGUGUCUCUGGUGCCGAAGUCGGCCGGCUCUGGUGUCUCACCUGACUUCCUCUACGUCCACUGCACCCAAACGGCCCAGGCUCAGACCCUGAAGGUCCGGCGCAUCGAAAAGUUCAAGGAUCACGAGAUCACAGCCGUGGCUUUCAAUCCAUUCCACGGCAAUGACACCACAACGGGCUCCAUUCUGCUGGGCACCAGUCGGGGUCUGAUCUUUGAAACCGAACUGAGUCCCGCCGGCGAAGGACACAUACCAAAGAAGCAGGUCUACGACCUGGGACUGGGCCGACUCAAGUAUCCCAUCACAGGACUCAGGCUCCUGUGUGCAUCCAUCGGCAGCCGGUACAUGGUGGUGGUGACCAGUCCCGAGUGCAUAUACGCCUUCAAGGAAACCCUGCGGCCGGACGAACGUUCCCUGAACCCCAUUUUCGCCAACUACGUCAGCGGCGUCCAGGAGCCGCACUGCGAGGAGAGGAAAACGGAUCUGAACUACUCCCAGCUGAGAUUCUACGCCACGCCUCAGAGCAAGUAUCCCAAGCAGUGGGCGUGGCUGUGCGGCGUUGGGAUACGAGUGGGUGAGCUGGCCCUGGAGGAUAGUACUGGCGCCACACUGGUGGGAGACACCCUCAUCUCCCUGGACUUUGACAAGAAAACCUACCUCUCGUACGAGGAGCGACGGCUGAGCAUUCCGAAGGCCUUCGUGCUGACCGAGUUCCAUGCCGUGCUCCUCUACGCGGACCACAUCCGGGCCAUCUGCCUGCUGAACCAGCAGCUGGUCUACAAGGAGUCCUUCGACGAGGCGGAGGUGGGCAGGCCCCUGAAUAUCGAACGGGACGAGCUAACCGGCUCCAUUUACGUCUACACGACCAAGACGCUCUUCAACCUGAAGGUGACCAACGAGGAGCGGAACAUCUGGCACAUCUACCUGGAGAAGGGGCAGUACGAACGCGCCAUGGCCUCGGCGGCUGGUAAUCUGGAGCAUCUGCAAGUGGUCCUCGAGCGAAGGGCAGAGGCCGCCUUCGAGGAGGGCGCCCACGAGGUGGCGGCCAACUUUUACGCCGAGACGGAACAUCCCUUCGAGGAGGUGUGCCUGAAGUUCAUGGUUCUGCCGGACAAGAGGCCCAUCAUCAACUACGUGAAGAAGCGCCUGCGGAAGCUGACCACCGGGAAGCCCCUGGAUCUAGCCAGCGUAGACGAGGACCAUGCCAAUGCUGUCAAAGCCAUGGUGCUGUGGCUCAUCGAUCUCUACCUGAUCCAGAUCAACAUGCCCGACCAGGACGCUGAGCGGCGGGAGGCGUGGCAGACGGAGUACGACGAGUUCAUGGCGGAUCCCCACGUCCUGGCCUUCACCGUGAACAACAGUGCCGAUGCCCAGGAGCUGAUAGCCCAGCAUGCGGAUCCCACCAACAUGGCCAAGUUCGCCAUCGCCAUCGGGGACUACGAGCAGGUGGUCACCCAGCAACUGAAAGCCGAUAACUACUCCGGAGCGCUCCAGACCCUCGCCCAGCAACGGAAGCCCGAGCUAUUCUACAAAUACAUUCCCCUGCUGAUGGGCAAGCUGCCCAAGCCCACGGUGGACACACUGAUGGCGCAAGGAUCCCGGCUGGAUCUGGAGAAACUAGUGCCGGACAUGGUGGUCAUAGAGACGAGGGAGCAGCGGGAGCAGACGAUGCGCUACUUGGAGUUCGCCAUCUACCAGCUGAAUACCACCUACGAUGCCGUUCACAACAUCCUCCUGCACCUGUACGCGGAGCACCAGCCGAAGCAGCUGAUGAAGUACCUGGAGAUCCAGGGACGCGACGAAACCCUCGUCCACUACAACAUCCAGUACGCCCUCAAGGUGUGCACGGAUCUGGAGGUGAAGGAGGCGUGCGUCUUCCUGCAGUGCCUCCUCAAUAUGUGGGAUCCGGCGGUGGCUUUGGCCCUGACAUUCGACAUCAAGCUGGCCAAGGAGACGGCCAACAGGCAGACGGAUGCCCAGCUAAGGAGGCGACUGUGGUUGAGGAUAGCUUACCACGACAUCAAGGGCACCGACGACGUGAAGAAGGCCCUGAAUCUCCUCAAGGAAUGCGAUCUGCUGAGGAUCGAGGAUCUGUUGCCAUUCUUUGCCGAUUUCCAGAAGAUCGACAACUUUAAGGAUCCCAUCUGCGAGGCAUUAGAGAAAUACAACAAAAGUAUUCAGGAACUGCGCCAUGAAAUGGACGAAACCCAGAAGCAAUCCGAUCGCGUGCAGAGGGAACUGCAGAAGCUGCGGGAACACAAAAUCCUGAUAACCCCGGAGGACAACUGCUCCCUUUGCAACCUAAUGGCGCUGGCCAAGCCCUUCUUCGCCUUUAUGUGUGGCCACAAAUUCCACAAUGACUGCCUGGAGAAGCAGGUGGUGCCGCUGCUCACCAAGGAACGUAGUCGCGAACUGACCACCCUGAAGCACCAGCUGGAAGCGGAGCUGCAGUCCCAGCAGGCAUCCGGUGCUGUUCCCAAGCAGCAGGCGGUGGAAAUGCAACGGAAACGUCUGAAAAUCCAAACCCAAAUCGAAGACAUUCUGGCGGGUGAUUGCUUGUUCUGUGGCCUCUACAUUGAAAUCGUGGACCAGCCCCUGGUGGACGACUGGGAUCAGGUCAAUGUCGAGUGGGAGUAGCCUUGAUUCCACCUGCUUUUUGUUUCACACCGAUAUCCGUGUACAUAUAGACGAGUAUUUAUUAAUAAACUUAUACAAAUCACAA